AUGACGCCCGAUGCCUAUCGUCCACGAGAUCCAUCUAUCGAAUUCCCUGCAGAUAUAGAUCUUCUUGCUGGCCUUUGGCAAGAAGCGCCGUUCGCCCGCUUACCAUCCGAUGCGCCUCCUGAAGUCAAAGCCGCUGUGCAGAACGUCGAGAACCCGGCGCGCGUUUAUGCAAUCCAUCAAGCCAGCCGCCGUCAUGGAUUCCAACUUCUUGUCGAGAGAUAUAUUCAUCAACUGCGAUCUGGUUGUGACAACGCGAACUGUGCAACUCCUACCUGUUUUACCUGCCGUCGCCGUUUAGCUGGCAAGGCACCCGUCCGAAGAUACAACACGACAAGCGCCAGGACAUUAGCGAUAUAUCUGGCCAGUCAAGAUGAUCCCGAGAAAGAUUUAUGCCCGUUUCUUCGCAAAAGUCCAGAAGCAUCAGCAGCGCUCAACAACCUGAUAUUUUCGACGCGAUCCCCCACACAAUCACACCCCGAUAACAAAAGAACAAACGUUAUCACAUCGCCAAGCGCACACAAGAAUCGAGUCAUAAGACCGCGUACAUCCUCUUCAUCGUCCCAGGACUCUAUUUCCGCAACCAGGCAGGCACCACAUUCGACCAGCAGUUCAGCCUCUCAUGUCCGAGUAAUUGAGGGGCCUGUGAACAAAGACCAUCGUUCCUUCGCUGCGAAUCUUUUUGGGACUGUAACCUUCAAGAUGAUUGAAUGGCUGACACCCAGCAGCAUGGCGGCCAUGUCUGGCAAGCUCGGCAAUUUGGAAGUGUCUGACUUGAAGUCAUUACCGACAGACCUGGAUACGCUGCAGGAGUCUUCUAGUUUAACCAGCACGAGCACUGAUUUAGAAACUCAAAAGACUCUGUCGCACGAGCCAAAUACGCCAAAGCCGACAAAUAUGGUUAAUCAAUCACAAGACACUGAUUGGGACGAGUCUCCCUUUCCUAUAAUGUCCCCUAAAAGCAGACAGGACUCGACAAACAAGUCGCAAAAUAAUGCACCAGCUAAAACCCGUGCACACUCGAUUGACACAAGAGACUUUGAGAAGGGAGAGGACGGCAUCGAGGGUGUCAAACUUCCUCAGGUUAACGGCCAUUUACGGGACAAGUCAUUACGAGCUAAAAGCAACAAACACGCUGCUGUUCCGAUCAUGUCGGAAAUGCCGACGAAACCAGAACUAUUCGAGAAUGCAACGAAUCCUCUGUCUUCGGAGGCCAGGGGUAGACUCGGCAACACUGGUUCAGGUAAUGUGAUCCAGACAAAACUGCGUAAUGAUCAAAGUAACGGUUGCGCCAAUGGGGGUAUUGUUUCCCAGAAAUCAAAGCACCACGGGAUCGAGUUCGAGUUCAAGGCUACCACACCUCGCAGCUAUGACAAUAUUUUGCCUCAAGCUCUUUCGAAGCUCGAUGUCGAUCUUAUUAACUUCAUCUGCGAUGUAUACGAGGAAGACGAUAUCUCAGAGUCCCGUCAUGUCUCAACACACAAGACGAAUUACCCGUACCCCCAACCUGUCGAUGAGCGGAAGAGUUUGCGCCGUCAUUCUGUCCUGCAUACUACUAGAUCCAGGGAGCAGUGGUUGCGUUUCAAUGAGCAGGCACUUUUUUAUGUUCUUACAGAUCCGCAAGCUGUGGUGUUGUCGUUUACGCAGGAGCAUAAACUUUACGACUCGCAGACUUUAUGGUAUUGUUUUCAUCGGCUGUGUCUCGUCACUUCCAAUCUAGUUUUUCACAGUCUUUGGUUGGCUGCCGCUCGCCUAUUUAUACCUCCGCAGGACUUGAAAUCAACCAGUUUCUCAAAGCGGAGGAACGGGCAGAGAACCCAGAAAAGAGCUGAGGCCCUCCCCGAUUUAGAAGCGGGCUAUUUGAUGUCCAUUUGCAUGCAUGCACUGGUUGCUGCCACGCCAGUGGUAGGGGACUCAAGAACACUAUAUGAAUUGUCGCGAGUUCGUUCCAAUGGAUUGACACUAGCAGGCGGCAGUGCCAUCUCGCGGCAACCCUCUUCGCGAUGUUUGGAUUAUGACGACGCCUUUUCGAACGACGUGGCUGUCAGGCUGGCACGUCGGCUGUUUUGCGCGAUAACAGCCAGACGUUGCUUCGCUGAUAGAGCACACCCAGCUGGCCGGUUAGAAGGCUUCAAAGUAAACGACUGUGAUAUUCUGCAACCUUUGGUGAAUCAACUCGACUUCCUCAGUACGGGUUCAGCGUCGAUACUCGAAUUCCCACGGGACGAGCGCCUUCUGCACGAGACUCGCGUUCCAACCGUGCUUCUGGACUGGGCACGCACUAUACUGUUGAAUGAAUGGGACGGCCGGGCUCACUUUGCUAUGGACGGUCCUUUUGGCGGAGCAUUAUCGUUCAUUGAAACCUUACAUCGUUCCAGGAACCUUUUACUAUUAGGCGAUGUUCAAUUCCGAGUUGAUUACCUCUCAGAACGACUCGAUUUAAUCGAAAUGCCUGUGGAAUGGCUGUCUUUCAAGUCAACACGAUGGCGACGACACAUACUCGACUACCCUUACAUCUUCAGCCCUGAGACGCUGGUUUCAUUCUUCCGAUCCAUUAACUUUGCUCGAAUGAGUCGCAUGUUCGAAGAAUCAAGUUCGCUUAAAACACGAAUGAGUGCUAUAGUUGAUCCUGGAAGUCUUAUCACCAAUCCGCAUCACAAAAUGGUCUUGCAAGAUCUUCUGAGAACGGCAUCAUCGAAGUAUCUGGUCUUGGAAGUAGGCAGAGAAAAUGUUGCUAGAGAUGCAUUUGACCAACUUUGGAGGCGCGAAAGAAGGGAGCUUUUACGACCGCUCAAGGUUCAUUUAGGGGAGAACAGUGGCGAGGAGGGAUUUGACUCAGGAGGUGUGCAGCAAGAGUUCUUUCGUUUGGCCAUUGCAGAAUGCUUAGAUCCCGGAUUUGGGGUCUUCACCGUUGAUGAAAGGACACGCAUGGCUUGGUUCGCUCCAGGUUCGUUGACCGAAGACUGGAAAUACGAACUUGUCGGGCUUUUGAUGUCGCUCGCGCUUUACAACGGUUUGACACUGCCGGUUACUUUCCCGAGGGCUCUUUAUCGGAAGUUGCUGGGUAAUCCCGUUGAAGAGCUUCAUCACAUCGCUGAUGGGUGGCCAGAUUUAGCGAGUGGAUUGACGACUUUGCUGGAGUGGGAUGAAAAGAAUGGCCUUAUUGAAGAUAUCUUCGCCCGUACAUACGAAUUCUCGGUAUCUUCAUUAGGGACGAUUGUUACGCGCGAGAUGAGGGCAGGUGGAAGCACGGUAUGGCCACACGCAGCCUCAAGCUCAACAGAUAUCGAGCCACCGCACAUGGAGAACGCUGACGACGCACCGCUUGUCACCAACGACAACCGGGAUGACUACAUUAUAGACUACAUCCGCUACCUGACGGACGUUUCUAUUCGACGCCAAUAUCUUGCUUUCGAACGUGGAUUUGCCUCAUGCUUAGACAAGAAGUCCUUGUCACUCCUAUGCCCGUCUACCUUGCAGUCACUAGUUGAAGGAGUACAGGAAAUCGACAUCGGCGAACUCAAGCGUUAUGCUCGUUACGUCGGGUGGGAUACUUCCCAUCGUACCAUCAAGGACUUUUGGUCUAUCGUCAAGAGGUACGACGAGGGCAUGAAGCAGAGGCUACUUGAGUUCGUGACAUCAUCUGACCGCGUUCCCGUUGGUGGCAUGAAGAACUUGCAGUUCGUCAUACAAAAGAAUGGCGAAGAAGACGGCACUGGUGGGCAUUUGCCUACGGCCUAUACUUGUUAUGGAACAUUGCUUUUACCGGAAUACAGAGACAAAGAAGUCUUAAGGGAGCGGCUUGGGAUGGCGUUACAAAAUGCCCAGGGGUUCGGUUUCGCUUAA